AAUUGACCUCCAUGCUCGACAAUCUGAAAAUCCGAACGUUAAGUGAGCGCGCUAGACCGCCCGUCAAACGUGUACUACGAAGCUUAAUAUGGCGUCUGGAUACGGUUUACACGGCGGCCCAUCCAGGUGUUUCCCCUUCUGGCAGGAUAUGCUGGCAUGCUACGUCGUCAACACUUCGGCAGAAGAUGAUUCAGGGAAGAAAAAGUGUGCGCCGGCACUGGAAGAUUAUUACGAGUGUCUCCAUCACAAGAAAGAGGUAGCGAGGGUUAGAGCAUUGCAGGCGGCAUAUCGGAAGGCCGAAGCAGCGAACGUGAGAGAAGAUGCUCCAAGUGCUGGGCAAAUACGGAAUCUCGGCCUGCUCGACAGAGAAGACGACACCAAGAAGGUUCUGCAGGGGAGGUGAAUGGUGGAUCCCGGAGCUUCUGGCUCUCUGUGUAUAUUGCGGCGCGAGUAACUGGAUGGAAUAGAGGUGCAGCCAUUCUCCAGCCAAAUAUGACCGCGACGAGGAUGGUUAUCUGAUCUUGUGGCCGACGUGACUUGAGUCCUGAGAUGGGUGGGAUUCGAAGUCGAGGCUCAAUGAAUCUACGCUCAUUAACUUUAGCUGAUCUCAUCCUCUCUUGGAAAUCCUACGGAAGUUCGUGUGUGAAUGAACUCGACUGUAUCGUCCUAGCAGCGGGGUGCUUGGGAAUCUCAAGUCGAGAGGGUGAAUGUCCAGGUAGGCUCCCAUCAUAUUAUGUUCC